CGCUCAGUCAGUAGGUUUUCUGUCACCGCGGAGUUCGGACGUAGCCGCAGAAACAAACGCGCGAUCUCACGAUUAAUAUGCCACGAUCGCUCCGCAGUACUAACUGAGCUGCGGUUGGGACCCGUUAAAAUUAUGACUUUUGGACCGAACGUGCGCGAAGAAGAUAGCAGCAGAUAUCUCGUUCUAGAAGAGGAAACCCUGAGGAUAGUGUCCAGAUACUGGGAGGUCUUCGGUGCACCGUCCGCCGAGAGGCUCCGGUACAGGCACCUCGAACCGUUCGGACUGUUAUAAAUUGAGAGAACCCUUUUUUUUGAACUCGGAACAAAUUAUUAAUUUUAGUGUUGGAUAAGUGUAAUUAUAGGUGAACUGUGUUUAUUUUGUGUUUAAGUUUUCUUGGGGUAUUUUUUUUUCUUUUUAUUUGGAUAAACGAAAAUGGUGCCCCAACAAGUGACGGAUGUUAGAUCACUGACGCCGACGUCGAGCGGAGUGCCGGUGUUCGGUUCCCAGCUUGUGGACAAAAACUCGUCUACCCCGUACACGGAUGCCACUCAGACAAAGAAGAACAACCCCAAUCACAUAAAGAGGCCAAUGAAUGCGUUCAUGGUCUGGUCACAGAUUGAGCGCAGGAAAAUAUGCGAACAGACGCCAGACAUGCACAACGCUGAGAUUUCCAAAAAUCUUGGGCGCGUUUGGAAGACCUUGAAUGAUGAAGAGCGGCAGCCCUUUAUAGAUGAGGCGGAAAGGCUGAGGCAGCUUCAUAUGCGCGAAUAUCCUGAUUACAAAUACAGGCCUCGCAAGAAGGCAGCGAAACCAGCCCAGCGUUCCGGAGCCGUCAACAAGCAGAAGCGCAAACAGCGAGCAGACUCUAACAAUAACAAAGGCAUAUCAAGACGACGAUCGCGAACAUCACAGACCGUCCCGUCAGUACCCAGCGUCCCUAUGGACACCACGUUACCUCAAUCACUUCCAGCAUCCCCUGCUGGCUCACCAGACUCUCCUGAAUCUGCGUGUAUCUACGAAGAUGGCACUCGGAACAUGCAAGGUCCAGACCUCAAUGAUCUGUACUGCAUCACGGAUCUGCUCCCGUUACCCGCUGACUGCGAAGUUGAUCUCGAACUUGCUUUAACGACGGACGCAUUUGAAACAGCGUCAUCAUCAUCAGGGUCGCACUUCGAGUUCUCCUGCACUCCGGACGUCUCUGAAAUGUUAAACGAUAUCGGCGUCUCCAGCGAGUGGGACGAAAACGCGUUCAACACUUUCCUCAAGUCUUAGAGCGGUGCGAGGCUCGCCACGGUCGCUGCCGGCCGAUUUCACUGAUCUCAUGCGGUCGGCCAUCGAGCCGCCGAACGGAGGCCGACGACGCGGCGAUGUUUCGCCGCCCCGCCUAGAGAGUGCCUACAUCCAAAAUGACGUGUCGAUUUUUGGAUUCAAUGUACAAAGUUAUGUAAUAAGGAUCGAUGGCGAAAAUUUUAUUUUUUAAUAUCAACCGACCUUAACGUUGGUCGCGUUUAUGUUUCUGUUGUGUUGAUUUACCAAUUGAUCGAAUGUUCCAUUGCAAUAGUCGACGCAACGUCAUUAUACUCGUCGGAAAUGCAUCGGGUUAAUAUAGGCUGUGAGUUGGUUCUUUUUUGUAUUGCUUUCGUUUUGAAACUGUUUCACACAAGGGGUGGUUUCCAAACGGCACGUCUCUGACGCAUCUCAGUAAAUAACUCCGUCUACACUCCGUCGCCUGGUUAGAAAGCCACGGGUUUGUUUGGGGCCUCGGUCACUGUUGAUCUAUGCUCGAUCUUUAAGUAUUUAAAGUCUGUUAAGAAUUUUGUCGAUAAUUUGGAAUUUUGAGCACAGAACAACCGUGCAUCGUCGGCCAUCAUCGCUCGCACCGCGUUGUCGCGUCCGUAUUCUCUUACAUGUACAUUACUCGACUUGGCUUCUAGUUUAAUAGUAAGUUUGCAAUUAUUAUGUCAAAUUUCGUUUACUUCUUUAACUGUACUUUAAGAGUCAUCAUUUACAUUUAUUUCUCAAACAUUAUUAGAGCAAUGUAUCCAUUGGAAUAAUAGAAAAAUAAGACUAGGUUAUUAGUCGUAACGUCUUGCGUUCUAUUUCCUGUAUGUAAAUCCACUUAUACUUUGAGAUGCACAUGUAGUUGAUAGAACGACGAUUUAAUUUUAUUGUCUGAAGCUAAUCGAUAUGUCGUUUGAAGAAUUUCGGAGUGCGGUAUUUUUGAAGAUUGUCUUGAUUGGAUUGUCGGACUCGUACCACGAACCCUUUUGCGAUUUUUAACGUCCUCGUGCGUAUCGUUAUCUUCUUUGGUGUGCGAGGCAUUGUCAGCUUCCAAAUUAUUUUUUGUGUCGUGGUAGGGGUCCAUUGUGAAGAUUCGGUGUUUCGCGUUGUAUUGUACGUUAGUAUAGGUAAGGUAUUCUCUGUUCGAUGGUAAGGUAUGUAUAACUGUUUAGUUACGAUGGCACGUAAGGAUCGAUGUGAAGGGACACUUAACUUUAUCUUUAUUUCAAACUUCACGCUAACAUUUUCAAUACAAAUGGUGUACUGAAAGAUACAUAUCAAUAACGGGAAAGUAGUUCCGCGGGACGGUGGGAUUUGAUUGGCUCACAUUAUGGUUACACUCAAAUUCAUUGCUAUUUCAGAUUCUGUUAUUCACUUACUUUAUCAAAUUUCUAAAUUUUAAGAUUAUAGAGACUGAUAACGCAAAAGUAGAUUAGUUUUAGCUGCGCUAGCUUCUGUUUCUUUAUAAUUUUAAACUGAUAAAAUACGGUCUUGAUAUGAAUUUUAGACAUACUAUUUUUGUACUUUGUGUUAAUGUGAAAAAUUUCAUCUUCGCAUUUUAUUAAAUAACACUGAUCUCCCAUUUUAUACAAGUUAAAUUUAGUAGUGUUGCAAAAGUGAAGGCUAAUGUAAGUACUGGAAGUAUUUUCCAUAGUAACGCACAAGCUAAAACAAUUUGUGAAAUUCGCUAAAAUCUGUCAAUUCAUUGAAAAUUGUGUCAGUUAAUUAGGGGGUAAUGUUUACACAAAUAUUGCCUCAGUCAUGUUUAAGAUAGAUAAAAAAAUAAACCUUCUAAUGUAAUAAUUCAGAUUGUGAAAACGAUAUUUGUAGAUAAUCUGUGUCCCUAUUUUAAAUUAAGGGAUCCGUUGUGCUCUAUUCAUAAGGGAAAAAAUGCUUUACUUAUAUUAUAUUCUUAUAAAUAUAUAUGUAAAAAAGUUCACGUAUUAAUUAGUAAGUGUCUAUGAAAUUGCAUUAAACACAUGUUAUUCUAUACUUACCAUACUAAUAAGUAAUGUGUCGUGUGUAGUAGAGCGAUAUUAUAUAUAUAUAUUAUAAUAAUAACAAGGAGAAAAUUGUGCCUAAACAACCACUGUUCAUGAUGUAUUUUAGUGAUGCUCAAUAUAUUUUAAGCUGUAGUCAUUACUAGUUGCUGUCAUUACAAUGUAAAUUGUACAUUUAAGAAUUCAUUCGACGCCAGAUUGCAUUUUUUUUUACUUUCAUCUUCUUCGCAAGUUUCGAGGAGGAACGAACAAUUUCAUUACACGUCGUCGUAUACCUUUCUAUGUAAUAUAUCCAUCCACAUUUUUGAACUUUGACAAUAAAAAGUCAUUUUUGCUUCAGUAAAAGACGGCGAUGGUUUUACAAAACUACGUAUCGCGUGUCACUUGAAUAUAUCUCUUAGCUUCUGUUCCCUUUAUUUGCGUUCAUUCUUCUAAGAUGUUAUUUUACACUUGUGAUAUAAAUAUUCGAUUCAACGAUAUAAAGCAAUAUCAGAAUAGUGACCGACGCUCAAAUUAGACUUAAUAUCCCCCCUACUAAUAAAAAUUGAUAGAUUCUGCCGUUAUUAUACUCAUCAAUAAGCCAGAUAUAGAAUUAAUAAAUUAUAUAUGCAUUAAGGAAAAUAGAUAGUGCUAAGGAACAAGUUGAAUGCUCUUAAAAUUUGCAGAGGAUACAUUGAAAAUAUUUUGUUCAAGUAUUUGCGGUGGACAUUUUUAGAAAUUUGUUAAUGUUGCUACAAUGUAAUUUUUAUUAGUGGGGAGAUUAAUCCCCGAAGUAUUUAUAAAAGCAACAUCGAAUUUAUAAUGUUGUACGAGUAAUUUAGCGCUUCUUGUUAUUAAUACUUCAAUAUUUGGAAUUAUCAGGGUUGAAAUGUUUUCAUUUAAAAUUUAGAUGUAAAAAGUCCCAUUAAUGUUGUUACACUCGCCUUCCUUGAAUGCCCUUUGAGAGUUAUCUGAUCCUUUGCAUAAAAACAGGCUUCUUUCCUUUGUAGCCUUGGAAAUUCUUUUCGUAAAUCCAUAGUAUUAAAGUCUAUGGUGUGUAAAUAAGUAUUUAACUGUUAAUAUUAAAAUGAAGUCAAAAUAAAGCGUCACUGUGAGAAAAAUUAGAGGGUAUUUAUGCGUCUCAAAAAUAUCAUAAAGGACGUAGUUAGUUGUUGUAGGUUAUUUAUAAUAUACUUAUAUAUUAUAAUAUUGUUGUAAUCUAUCGAUGCCGCGUAAAACUAUGCUUGGGAGUUGCUUUUCAUCUGAAUAAAGAAUAUAUAAACAACGCAAUAUACGCAACAACAAAUUUACAAAUAUUAUUAAACAUUGUAUUAUAAAAGUUAUACGUUUGUAAAAUUAGACAUGUAAAUUGCGAUUCAAUUGAAUAUGUUAGUGAUGUAUUCACAGAACUGAAAAGUUGAAAAUAUUCUCGUUAUAUUGUUUAAAGUUCAUAAUAUUAUAGAAUCUGUGUAUAAUAUGUAUCUAUCGCUAUUGUUGAUUUAAUUGAUAAGCGUCUUCUUAGUAAUUCAUUUAUUUUUUCAAUCUAUCCUCCAGACACAACGAAACUUAUUCCUUUAUUAGGGCACACGAUAAUAUUAUAAAUUAUAUUAACUGGUAUCUAAUUGGUGUCUAUACACGGUUAAUUAACAGUAUGAUAAAAUCAUAUAACUGCAUGUGAAGAUGGAAUAGUAGAUGCAUAUGUAAUGAUAAUCCGAUUCGUCGUGACGUAGUGUGUCAAUAAUUAUGUAAAUGGUAAAUUAAUGAUAUAAACAAAACGAAAAUUUCGCACAAUCUGAAUCAAGUCUAAGAUAGUAAUAAAUAGUUGUUAAUGCUAAUGUUUAAGAAACAGAUAAAUGUAAAAAUAAGUUUGAAAUAAAUUAAAUUACGUUCCACGUCUUUGGCUUUUUGUAAACUGAUCCAAGAAAUAGAAUAACACAUAUGCAAAUCCUGUUUACACCUCUCCAACCAGUUUACAGAAUCAAAGAGGAACUGAAUCUUCUUGAGUAUUGGCAGUACCUCUUUUAAUCUGUUUAAUAUCAUCAUCAAUGUACACCGCUAUUCUAAUGUUUAAAAUAUGAAGUUACUUUUUUGCUGUAAAUAAUUCGUUGACCAAAUGUGUUAGGAACAAAAGUUUUUGAGAAAAAAAUGGUCCAUUAAAUUUUAUCGCGUAAUUAAGAUAAGUAGCAUCGUGAAACUUCGUCAUUUUGUGCGCUUAAGUCAUGUAGUUCAUGAUACAUGCCAAAAUAUUUUGUGUAACAGCAUGAAUUAAGAUAACACCAAUAUUGGACUGAUUUCUCAUUCAAUACCUGCUUAUCAUUAUUAUUUCUAUUGGAAUUUGUAAAUAGCUUGUUAAUAAUACGUCAUAAGGCUAUAUGUGCAGCUGAAACAUGUCAUGCAAUAAUUUGACCACAAACUUUGGAUAAUAGAUAAGUCAGUUAAAGUUCAGAAAAUUUUUGCAUCUUUAAAUUUUAAAUAGCUUGACUUGAACAACUAGCGACCGGAUAUUAGUGUCAUGAUAUUAUUAGUAGAUAUUAUUACUUAUUAGUGUCAUGAUAUUAGUAUCAAAAGACACUUAUGCUGAUUUAUCUUUCAUUCAAAUUGUCAAACUGUGUUCAUGAAUUUGUUGAACAAAUGUUCACGUAAUGCCACAAUGUGUGUGAACCAAUCUAGUCUUGUGAAACUUUCCGUUGUUGCAGUAUAGUCUAUGCUAUCCUUGUCAUCUACAGAAGAAAUACCAAGUUUGAUUUCAAAGUUCAAAGCGGCCUUUGGAUUAUUGAGACCUGAUUUUUUUAUAAUUUUCUUUUGUUCAAUGUAUACCAAAUAAAUUAUGAGGGUUUUACACACCGUUACCGAUGGAUCUCUAAUUAGAACUACGCAGUUUAUAUCAAAUUCGGCUUACCAAAAAAAAAAAAAAAUAAUAAUCUUAACAAUCGUUUCUAAAAUUGUAUAUAAUGUUCUGAUUUUGAUUAUUAAAAUCAAAGAUU